AUAAAUAACUGGCCUUCCCAAAUCGCCCACAACUCUCACACAACAGAGACCACCCACCUGCGCUGCGCCUCGGUUUUACGGCCCUUCCCUCACCGCCCCGCGCGAGCGAAGCCAUGAAGCUUGAGGUCAUGCCCAAGCAGCGGGUGCUGGAGGCGGAGCAGAGGGAGGAGGCCAUGGAGAUGAGUGGCCUGGACCUGUGGAAGCACGAGAAGCCCCCAAGGAUCUGCUCCUUGCCCCCGCCGCUCCCGGCGCCGCCAGCGUGCGACGAGGCGGCGCUCGUGCCGCCGCUCAACUUCGCCAUGGUCGACGACGGCAUAUUCCGCUCCGGCUUCCCGGAGACCGCCAAUUUCCGGUUCCUCAAGUCCCUCAACCUCCGCUCCAUCGUGUACCUGUGCCCGGAGCCGUACCCAGAGACGAACACGGAGUUCCUCGAGAAGAACGGGAUCAGGCUCCACCAGUUCGGAAUCGAGGGGCGAAAGGAACCAUUUGUCAAUAUACCCGAUGACAAAAUAAGGGAGGCGCUCAAAGUUGUCUUAGACCCAAGAAACCAACCUCUGCUUAUUCAUUGUAAGAGAGGCAAGCACCGAACUGGUUGUUUGGUCGGGUGCUUGAGGAAGCUGCAGAAAUGGUGCUUGUCUUCAGUCUUCGACGAGUACCAUCGCUUUGCCGCUGCGAAAGCGCGAAUCACUGACCAGAGAUUCAUGGAGCUGUUCGACGUCUCAAGCUUGAAGCACCUGACACCCUCACAUUGUUAACCCCAAGGCGCGUGAUCGCUUGAUCCCCCCCAACUUCUAGUACAUCUCCAAGGCUAUCUUCCUGCAGCUACUGAACCGAUUCAGCCGUGAAUAAUUUUGGAACCCCCUAGAGUCCAUGAGGUAGUGAUGAAACCAUUGCAGAACAUUCGUGCUUGAGAGGUUUAGUUUCCCCCCUGCUUAGCGCACUGGAGAGCCUGAGAACCAGACUGCUGCGGUCGAUUUGCGAGGGGUUCUCUUUUUUGGUAGCUCUCGCGAGGAAUUCGCCAUUGUUUUUGGGUACUGAAGCAGCAUGUACUCGAGCAGCUUCUGAGGAGGAAUGAACUACUCUCUAAGUGCAAAAAAGGCGUGUCUCUUCUUGCA